AUGGCAUUAAAGUAUCCUGCUAUGACAGAUUAUCUAGAAAGCCGUGUAGAAGUAUCAAAAUGGGCCAAGUGCUAUUUUCCAGCAGAGAGGUACAAUCUAGAUACUAGUAACGUUGUGGAGUCCUUGAAUAGUGUGUUUAUAGAUGCAAGGAAACUGCCAUUAUUACCUAUGAUAGAUGCGAUUGUUGACAAGUUGUGUGAAUGGUUUAACAAGCAUAGGAACAAGGCUGCUUCAACGCCACCAGGACGCAAACUGGUUGCCUUUGUGGAAAUUAUUUUUCACAGUAGAUGUGCUGAAUCUAAGAAGCUAGGUGUCACCGAGUUAAACAUGAUUCAGAUUGAAUACAGCGUGCUUGGAUUAGAUGGGAUUAAUUACAUGGUGAGCUUGAAAAAUAAAACUUGCUCGUGCAAGCUUUCUGAUAUAGACAAGUAUCCAUGUGUCCAUGCAUUAGCCGUAUUAGAAGCUUAUAUGAAGCGGCCAAACAAAGAAGUGGAUAUAAACGUGGAGGACUUGUGUUCGAUGUAUUAUUUAACCGAGCAGUGGGCUUUUGCUUAUAACAGAACCAUCUAUCCUGUUCCACAUAAGUCACAGUGGGUUGUCCCCGAUGAUGUUAAGAAAUUGAGCGCUUUGCCCCCGGUUUACGAGCCAUAUAGGGGGGAAAACAGUAGAAAAGGCAUCCAUCCGUUGGAGAGCGUCAACCGAAGUCGAAAAGGAUGA